AUGUUGAAUUUCCAGGACUCCGUGGAGGCCAUGCCAAUGAGGACUAUUCGCGAUUAUCGCGAACACAUGCACUCAAAGCUUGUUACUCAGGCUACGCACAAUCCACAUCUCUCUAUGGAUUGUCCUGAACGCUGGAUAACCUCCCAUGGAUUUCAACUGUUCUUGCAGUUUGACAGCGCAGUACCACUCAUGGAUCCGUUGGAGCCAUCGCGACGAGAUCUCAUCACAUUCCGAGAACAAAUCUUACCUCCGGACCUGCUCAGCCACGCGUUCUUUAGCCUCGAUAACGUUGAAGAUUGGGUGAUGACGGGUCCAUUCACCACCUUCACUCGAUUGGAAAUGGAGCGGUCAAGAUAUUUCCCACCUACAUUGUCCCAGCAGGACCCUUUAUUCCGACCAAAUAGCUCCAUGUCAACAAACACACGCUCUGAAGCCGGUUCAGAGGUUUUCUCCGAAGAUCCGCCGCCGCUUUCUGACUGCUCUCGUCCUGGUAGUGCCAUGUCUAUUCGUUCGGAAUCUUCACAAGCAUCUCAGUUGCCUCUUUCUGCUUCAUUGCUGCCUGAUGCAGCUCAAUCUAACGGGUUCAAUCCUAUCCGUCCAAAGCUGGCCCGAAUGCCGCGUCAACCAAGGAAAGCGCAACGGGAGGAGCGCAAAGGCAUGAUCGCCAUCUCGAGAGAGCUAUGGGUUCAUGAGUUACGAACCAUCAAGGCCAUUCCUGACACCUGGGACGUAUCAAGAGACGACCACCGAGUUGCGUAUCUUGUGGACAUGUCCGAGGCUUUGGAAUUGCUUCGUGAUGAUAAAGGUAUUGUUCAAUCAAUUCAGGCAUAUAUUCGGAAGCAGGAUCAAGACUCUUGGGCCGGGAAGGGAUCCGGCGGGAGUCUGAAAGGCGACACUGACGUCUUGGCGUUCCCCGGAGAACCAGGGAAAGCUGUCCGUUGUCGUUGUGGACAAUUCGGCUGUGGAGGAAUGCGGAAGUGCGAGUUUCUUGAUCCCCAACUCCUCGAGAAUUGCGAGAGAUACGAGGUGGAUGACACAGAACGUCAGAAGCUCUCAGCAUUAGUAUUGGAGGCCAACGAACAUGAGAGCGAAACAGAGUGGACAGUGAUCGCUCGAUUCUUCCGGUAUGUCAAAGGCCUGAAGUGUAAAGCAAAAGUAAAUGGUGUCUCGUGUUCGGGUACUGCUGUGGUUGUCCCAUACAAAACGCCAAUUCCUGGGCAGAACAAGUAUUUUAUUGGCUGUAGCGCAUGGUCUCCUCAGGCCAACGAACAACAGAAGCAUAUUUCUGAUUGCCUUCGACCUCACAUCAACGAGGACUUGUUUCGUUAUGCCAUGGAUCAUGACGGGUUACUUCCAAACUCCCCCACUACUCACAACUCCUGUUGCUUCACUGCACACCCACGCUUUGGUUUACUCAACUGUGCUUAUUCUCACAUGAUCGAGGGCCAAAUCAAGAUCGGACGAAUGGUUCCACACAAAUGUCCCUGUGAGAUGCUCAUAUUUGAGCCAGUCAAUCCGGCUCCGGCUCUAGCAAAUAAAGCAAUCAUCUUUGUUCGUAAACCGCACAGUCACCCCAUCUAUCCCCGAACAAAGCCUAGUUCGGCUGAUCGUCAGAAGCUGAAUGCUGCAAUUGAUGCUGCCGGACUCGGUUCUGUUACGACUCAGAAACUACUGGAUGCGUCUUCAACACGAGAUCUUUAUGGAGGAAAGCGUGUGAGCGAGGAGAGUCCUGCCUUUGCAGAUAAGCGUCUUGUAAGGGAUACAAUUGCAAAGCGCCGAGGGGAAGCUUAUCCGCACGGCAUGGGAUGGCUGGGUGUUGUCAACCGAUUUACGACCAUCGACCAGAAGAAACCUCCCGUGGAGCGGUACAUACACUCGGUUAUCAGCAAAAAUUCACGACUCGUUGUUAUGAUGCAUCCCAUGCUUGCUCAACGUGUCCAUCACAUGACGGCCAUCAUGUUUGAUUAUGCAUACAAGCGAAUCGAAGGGGAACUGAAUGAAUGUGACGCUGCAGGAUUUUCGAAUUCACUCAAUACUCGGAUUCUCUUUGGCAGCGUAAUUGGUGACGGCCUUGAUUCUGCAUCAUACAAAACGAUGUUUUCAGAGUUUUGGGACGCAGUCGAGAGCUGUACUGGCCAAACUCUGAAGCUGGCGCCGUUCUAUCCGGAUGCAAAACUCAAGGUCAUCGUUCUUGAUGGCGACAUUGCUCAAGCGCUUGGACUCGGCAUGUUUCUUGUCAACUACAACAAGCCAGAAAUCAGCGGAAUCCACACCACUGAUCCAGCCGAGAUCAUCUCCUACUCUCUCAAGAUGUGUUCGGUUCACUUUCAACGUCAUAUCAACGAACUCCCGAAAACCAUCCCCUUGAAUAUAAUUGCGCUUGCAAAGUCAAUCUUGACUGCAAAAACUCAAGAGGAGAUUGAUCACUGGAAUUCCGUGAUGUCUUCGCAAACUGUCACUGAGCUCAAGAACUGGUAUGAGCAUAAGCUUUGUAAUCCCCUCAUUUUUCGCGCCAUCAACCAGUCGCUCUCGAAGAUUCCUUUGGGAAUUUGGAAUACAACACCGGACAGUACCAACUACGUCGAGUCGGCACAUGCCACCCGAAAUGCGGAGACUUCAAUCCACCUAAGUCCCUUACGGGCAAUUGAAACUGCUGAGGAGCGAGACAACAUCCGGGUGAGAGAGCUUCUGCAGAUUGAGCUCGAAGGGGUCGGCCCAAAACGCAACAAUGACAUCUACAACCGUGAGAAGCGAGGGCUCCAGCGCCGCCAGUGGACUUUGCAAAAACAGGCGCAACGUGACGCCGAUCUCAACAACUACGACAAUCUUCGAGCUGAGAUCGAGCUCAUCGGAGAACAGAAUCAGGUCUCCCUUGACAGGGAACGUCAGAUUCGUACUGAUAUCCAACGUCUGCAAGGAGAACUUGCAAUUGAUAAACGUCGUCAUGAACUGAAGCAAGAAAUUGCUCAGUUGCGUGAGGAGGCUGCAGCGGAGGCCGCACUUCGUCGAAACCUCCGGAUCCAGAAAGAGGAGACCGAUGCGAAAGCCAAUGCCCUCCGCGCUACUUCUUUAUCUGGUGUUCGGAUACAGGGUUGUCACAAGGAUUCUAGACCAAGCAACCCAGACACGGCAGCGACUGAUCGCAGCGGCAUAGACUGUGAGUAUUUGAACCAUGUUUCUCGUUUGUGGCACUCAAGCUAG